ACGUGGGGGAGGGUGUGGGCUUGGCGGGCUGACCUUGCACUGAUAUAUACCUCGCACUGCCCCCCCUCCCGCACCAUCAUACCUUCUCCCCACUGACUCCACCACACACUCAUCACACAACACCACUUUGUCAUCUUCGAUCCAACCUUACGUCGUUUGCAAAGCCUUGAGUAACGUUUUUUAGUCUUGCUUGAUAUCCCAGGUUCGUCGUCGAGGUUGCUGGUCCAGGCUUUUCACCAUGCCGUCGUCACCUUCGACGGCGUCUACCCAACAGGCAGCAAGGCCCCCGACUCAGCUGCGCGACCUUGAGAAGUAUCGCCAGACCAUUUACCACAAUGAUGCGGGCCAUCAUAUUGCCGAGUCUCGUCGUCGCUCUCGAGUGGUCCGUCGCGUCGAACCUGCCCCAACCGCAUACUGUGACUGGAUUCUAUACCCAACAACCAAUGCAACCUCGUCUUCACGUAUUCACCUAGUCGAUGCUUCGCCGCACCCCACCUCUUCAGCAUCCUCUUCAAGAAACACUAGCUUGGCGACUCACGUGACCACCGCCAAGCCUUCAUCCAAUGUCAGACCGAAAGCAGUCAUUGUUAUUGAGGAGCAACAGUCCGUCGAAACAGGGAGGAACAGAAAGCAGCCACCUCUUCAAACGUCCGUGGUUCUGACACCACCUCCGACUCCGAGAAUGGACCGACUGCCGACGCCAGACUUCUUAGAUCUCGAUGAAGCGCCGUUUUGCGAUUGUGGCGUUGAAGCACACAUCGUCAAGUUCUGUACGUCGUGCAAUAUGGCUUCAUCCUUCUCUCAACGUAGGCUUGGCUAGGGUCGCUCGUUGUUUUGAUUUCUCGUCUUCGCGUUCGAAGGGGCGUUUCGGAGUAUGCGAACUUGGGAACUUCGGUUGUUGCUUUCCUGAGUAUAGCUUAUGAUUAUUGAGGAUCGUUUGACGAGUUUUCCUUGUGUUGAGCGAUCUUUCUCUGUUCUCAAAGGCUUGAUUACGGG